AUGGCUUGCAGAAAUUUGGAAAAGGCUGAAGCAGCUGCUGAAGAAAUUCGCCAAAAGACUGCAGUUGAUCCCAGUCUUGUGUCCAUUGUACAAUUGGACCUUAGUGAUUUGGAUUCGGUUCGAAACUGUAGCCGGAAAAUUUAUGCAUCUGAAUCAAGACUUGAUGUUUUGAUAAACAAUGCUGGUCUUGGCAUAGGGCCCGUUAAAACUGCUAAACAAGGUUAUGAAUACACAUUUGCAGUCAACCAUCUUGGACAUUUUCUUCUUACUCAUCUCCUCCUUGGUUUGCUUAAAAAAUCCAGUCCAAGUCGAAUAAUCAAUGUCAGCUCCGUACGUCACAAGAAUAUGACCAGAACACUGGACUUUAGUCGAGAACCAAAACUAGGAUCUGACAUGAAAUAUCCUGGACUUUUUGGUUAUGAUGCAAGUAAACUUGCCCAAAUCCUCCAUACAAAUGUCUUGGCUAAACAACUUAAGGAACAUGGCGUUGUUGCUAACAGCAUGCACCCAGGAUAUGUGUCAUCUGGAAUUUGGUAUAGAGACAGUCACAACAAGUUUGCCAUCAUAUUUACGAGAUUGUUUGGUUUGUUGUCUACAAUCAUUGGACGAACUUCAGAAGAUGGAGCUAAAACUGUGAUUUACAUGGCUGCAGACCCUGCCCUGGAAAAAGUCUCGGGGCAGUAUUUUGAAAAUGUGGCAAUAUCUAAUCAGCUUUCAGCUUUUGCUAAGGAUCCAGAACUAGCUCAAAAAAUGUGGGAUGUUUCAAGUGAGAUGUGUGGACUGACCAAAAAAGUGGAAUAG